CUUAAUUUUAUUUGAAUUGAAAAUGAGUGAUCAGCAGGUAAAUAACUCUCCUAGCAAAGAGGACAACAAGGAGGACAAUCCUGCAUCACAGGUACCUCAAGAGUCUAAAAAUGAAGCUGGGCAGGAUGAUGCUGAGGAACCUAGCAAACCCCAUAUAGACCAAGAUGAAGAUAACCAACAACAAAAACAAGAAGUUAAAGAAAAUGGCAACUCUAAUCCUGAAAAUAAUGCUACUCCUGAAGGCCAAGAUGACAAAGUUCCUCAAAAGCCUAAGAUCACUAAGGAUAAACCCAAGGCAAAACCAAAGGGAAAAGUUGUGAAACCUCCGAGUAUCUAUCAGGCUAAAAAUAAGCCUGACGUACUUCGGAACAAGGCUAAAUCAAAGAGAAGUAAUAUUAACAAAAGCAAUAGGAGUAAUUUGUCUAAGAAGAAAGCAAGCGUUGCUUCAAAACCCUCUAAAACUUCUGAGUCUAAGAAACAGAGCCAGCCAAAGGAGGAGAAGCCAGCAGAAGAGGUGCUUAAAGAGAGCCAGCAUGAAGAAAGCGAGCAUAAAGAUCAUAUGAAUCAAGAAGAUGAGCCUUCUCAACAAAUGAACGAGGACAUGCACAGCACCUUUUUGAAUAAUAAUGAGCAGAUUAUUGCAGAUUUAGCUAAUCUUGAGAUGCAACAAGAAAAGCAGAUCUUCAGGAUCAUCUUCGAUACCUUUAAAGCAAACCCUGGAGUAGCUGAGUUUGAUGAUUUAGCAGUACUAGGAAAGGCACUUGGAAAGGAAAAACAAGAAGUCGAUGAUUUUUGCCAUCAAAUCCAUGACAACUUCGAAGGUUAUCUGGACUUUGCUCAAUUCUGAGAACUUCUUCCAAAACUUGAUCCUGUGUUUAAACCUAAGGAAGUAAGCUCCCCACCUGCUGAAGGCGGACUUGAGGAAGAAAAGAAGUUAGAAGAGACUAUUCAUAAUAAAGACGAUGCUCCAGAAGCGAAAGCAGAUAUGAAAGAAGAAGAGAAAGCAGAUGAAGACCAACAAGAGGUCAACAAAGACAUUCCCCCUACCAAAAAAGAGAAUCAGAAUGAAGCUCCUCAAGAGAAAGAACAAAAGGUUGAGGAGGAUAGUCAAAACCCUCAACCUCCUGAAUUAGGAGAUUAUAAGGAUAAUGCUAUUGUACCGAGUAAUGGCGUUGCUCUUACACCAGACUCAAGAGUAGUCAAACUAAUCAAGCAGCUCAAUACUUACUUUAGAAAUUGAGAAAAGGAGAAGGAGUUUGGAGAGGCUAAAAUAGUCAAGCACAGACUAGAGAUUCUUAAGAAGAAAGAACUUAAGAGGCAAAAGGACUAUCUCCGAGCAAAUCAAGAAAAGGAGCUAAUCUCCAUUGAAAACAGUCAAAAGAUGCAAUUCUUUGAGUUUUCCCAAGCAUGGGACACUUUUAUGUCCGACUAUGAGUCUACUGCAUAUCUUAGCCUUGAAAAGCUUAAAGAGAGGCAUUCAAAAGAAAUGUCUGAGCUUCAUAAAGAGCUCAAAGAUAAGUUAGAUAGCAGCAUAAAAUUUUCCAAAAAAGUUUAUGACCUCAGGAGAAGAGUUGAGGUGCUCAUCAACAUGAGAAAUUACGAAGAAGCAGACAAGUAUAAAAUGUUCCUAACUAAGUUAGAGAAUGAAGAAAGGACUCAAAAGCAUAAGGAAUUAAAGAAAAAUACUCAGAAGAAGGAAAAGAAGCUAAAGAACCUGCAUCAGCAACAGAUGGCUGCUUUGCUUAAAAGAAUUCAAAGAGACAGAAAUGAACAGCUAAAGCAUAGACAAAAAGAUUCUCAGAAAUUAAUCCAGAGGAAUAGGAAUAUUCUUGUAGAUUUAUUAAACAAGCAGAGCACUGAAGCUAGAAGGACCGGGCAGUUUGUUCAGUAUACAUUAGGAUCUACUGAUGAGGGACCGAAGAAAUACUACAGAGCAAAGAUUCAUUAUGCUCCUUUUGUGCAUAAAUAUAAACAUUGUCAGACUCUGAAUGCGAAUAAGGCAAAUAAAAAGGCUGAUAAGACAGGCACUCGCUGGAACAAUACUUCUGGAGUGAAGAAUGAUCUUGAAGGUGCUGAAUCUAUCUCAGGCACUGAUCAUGGAGAGGACGAUGAGAAAGAUGCGAUUAAAUUACCUUUGCUCAAAUAAUUAACGUUAAGGAAUAUUCAAUUGU